AUGAAUAGCCUGGCCACGCCGCCCAUUCCUCCUCAUUUCCACGAACACACUCGACUCUCCCCAAACAGGUCAAUGUCUGCCGCAGGCCCUUCAAGAAAACGAAAAGCCUCACCUUCCCCCGAUCGAGAUGAUGAGAUGUUAACCUCACCUUCAUUAUCCAGUGCUCGACUUCCUCAGAUAACGACCCCUACUUCGAGGAAAAGAGUUCGUCCCAACUUGGCGGGAAGACCAUUAUCAGUUGACAGACUGCUGGAAACACUGGACAAAGAAUCAUUAACUGCUGUCGUGAAAUCACUGUGUGGUCGAAAUCCUGGGCUUCGUGAUGAGAUCGUCCAAGUCAGCCCUCGACCAAGCAUUCAGAGUACGCUACAAGUGUUACGGCAGUACUAUGACCGGCUGAUGGGGUCAUUCCCUCUCGAUCCCAAUCCUCGAUCUGAUUAUUCCUAUGACCGAGUUCGGCCCCAAUGGCAUGAAAUGCUCGAUGCUCUUGCUGAUUUCACCCCACAUUUCUUGCCGCCAAAUGAACAACAAUCUUCAAUAUCACUCGAAUACUUGAAUGGAGUUACACAAAUCAUACAUGACCUCCCAGAAUGGGACAAUGCACAACACAAUCUCGCCAAACAAAACGCGUACGAGGAAAUUUCCAAAGCUUGGGCCAGCGUCAUCAAAGAAGCCGGCAAGAGAGGGGGUGGCAUUCAACUACAAUAUAACGGCUGGGAAGAGAAACUCCGAGUGCACAAUGAAAAGAGUGGUGGUAGAUUGAGGGAAGCCUACGAAGCUUGGGUCGAUGCUCUGGGUUGGCUCAAACCAACAACUCAACCAUUUCAACAGCAAAGUAUUCGACAACAAUUGUUUUCCAACACUUAUGGCAUGGAACAACCUGUUAUCCGGACCGGGAACUGGUAA